AAGAUUGCAGAUGAAGAGGCAAAGAAAAGGACAAAGCCUUUGCGAGUUAAAAAGCUCUAUGUGUUAUCAGCCUUACUUACAGAACAGUGCCAUGAACAAAUGAAAAAUGCACAAAGGGGAAAAGUUAAAGGAAAAAGUUCAGAGACUGCUUCAGCUUUGGCUGGUUUUCUAGAAGAAGAUGUUCUUUCUUCAACUAAUCGCUUUGCAGACAAUGCUUGGCGAGGAGCUGAGGCUUACCAUUUUUUCAUACUUGCACAAAGACAGCUCCAUAAAGGUUCUGUAGAUGCAGCACUUAAAACAGCUCUUCAUUUGCGAGAUUACGAAGACAUUAUCCCUGCAGUUGAAAUCUAUUCCCUUUUGGCACUCUGUGCAUGUGCAAAUAGAGUAUUUGAUGUUUGUUCAAAAGCCUUUGUUAAACUAGAAUCCUUGGAAACUCUUAGGCCAGAGCAGAGGCAACAGUAUGAAGACCUUGCUCUGGAGAUAUUCACAAGACAUUGUCCAAGGUCUAACAAAAAGUCUGAUCUGGAUGACGUUCUUGAGAGUGGAGAUGGGAAGCUUCCUGUAUGUGUUGCAACAGGAGAGCCUAUCCUGGAGUAUCGAUUCUGGAUGUGCGGUGUAUGUAAGCACUGCAUGAAAACCAAAGAAGCAAGCAAUUAUAACUUCUGUCCUCUGUGCCACAGUAAAGUGUAGCGGGGGAUAAAGGACUGUUUAUUGUCAUAUCUGUAAAGUCUCCUAAAAAUACUCCCUAAAUUGUUACCGAUUUACUAUAUUUUAAAAUACA